AUUCCAUGUGUAAUAUGGCGACGUGCUGACUGAUACAAUUCUGUCAUCGUGGAACAGUGUUUGAAUUAUUGUAAAAAGCAAGUCAUAGCUGAGUGUCAUUAGUGAUGUAAUAUGCUGUGUAUUUUGCGUGUCAGUGAGUUGAAAACGUGGGGUUUAUGAGACAGUUCUUGGAUUUGAGUGUGGAGUUAACCAUGGAUAGGGAAACUCGUUCUUCAAUAUUGGGGUUUAAACCCCAGAAAGAGAUAGUAUACAAUAAAUUAUUACCAUACGCUCAACAAUUGGAUGAUCAAUCUCAGCGUAUGCUGUUAGAAAUUAAGACAAAUCUUGGUCUCUCUGUGAUGAUGCGUGAAAUGAGACCUGGUUGUGGAAUGUGGACUGCUAGACUGAAGCAGUAUAUUAAGUUAUAUGGAUUAAAAUUUUCAAAAGAAGAUCAUUUACGUUUUAUUCAUUUGAUGUAUGAACUUGUUACCAUUCCAAAUUUAGAACCGUAUCUUGUUAGCAAAUUUGGACAUGUUUUGGUUACUCUUCUAAAAAAGAAAGAGCUAAUUUCUCCUGAGGAACUUGUUUUACCAUGGAGGCCAUUGUACGAGUUGUGUAAAAGAAUUUUUUCCAGUAGUCGUGGUGCUAUUGGAAUGUAUCGUUAUUUUUCUUAUUUUCCUGCAUCUGCAACUGAAGAGAUGUUGAAUGAAUGGAGACCCUUGUUGUGUCCAUUUGACAAUACGAAAAUUGUCAGUACAAUUGAAACAUUGGAAUGGUUUCUGCCGAUUGCCUUACCACCAUCACGUAGUGAUAAGGGAUAUAAACUUUGGUUUAAUGACUUCAUGAAUCUUUGGGAUGUCUGUAACAAUACACCAAGCUGGGAAGCUGAUAUGAUGUGGUUGAUGGCUCGCCUCGCCCGCUGCAAUAUUGGUUACAUUGAUUGGGAGCCAUAUGUUCCUCUUAUUUUCACUAGACUUCUGCGAAGUCUCAAUCUGCCAGUAUCCUACAAACAGAUUCAUAAUUCCAAAAAUCACAAAUUGGAAACUGCAGCAAUGGCUUUGUGGAUUGUGUCAGUUCUGGGAGGUGGUAGCAGUGCUCAGAAGCAUUUGGAUAAAUUCAUGAUGACUUUAGAAUCCUAUUUCCAUCCCGCAAACUUUGGCAGAUGGGUGUUGAAGCUAUCAGAACUUCUCAGCAAACUUCCUCUCUACUUUGUUCAACGUCUUAAUUUUGAAAGAUACAAGAAACUGACAUGGGAGACACCAGUACCAGAGUCACACAAGUUAACAGAAGAUGACAUAACCAGAUUUGUGUUGUCAGUCAAGCCAGUGGCUAUGCAGGCUAUGUUCUCUAAAAUGGGCUUGGAAGUGAGUCAAGCCAUGCAGCAUCUCGCAACACUAAGGCCUCAGUUGAUUAUACCUGAAAUUGUUGAAAGUGUGUAUGCUAACCUGGAAACUGUUGUUCAGCCCCAUAAAUUUCAAGCAGCUCUACAGUGUUUAAUAGCAGUUAUUCGACCGAUGGCUGAAGGUGGUCGAACAGACUUCAAAGAGGGCCCUACCCAUGUCAUUCCAAUGCUCUUGUCCGUGUUGCCUGGCAUUGAUCCAAAUGACAUAAGAAAAUGUUUUGUGUCACUACAUUUUAUAUCUACAGUGGCUAACAUGGUUCCUAUCAUUGAUUGCUCUAAAGCUUCUGAGUACCACAGUAAUUUGACAGAAGAGGAAGAAAGUAUAUGUUUGGCCACAUCUAACUUCGAAGAUUUUGUUCUUCAAUUCCUGGACCGUUGUUUUGUGUUGGUUGAAAGCAGUUCUCUUGAAUCUACUCGUCUUGAAAGGGAAGCUGAUAGACGAAGUAGAAUGGAAAACUUAGCUGAAAAUGCCCUGGCAUCUACCUGCAUUGCCUUACUCACACAGACAUCGCCUCAAAUUUUUAAGGCUGCUCUUAGGAAAUUACAUUCCUUUGUGAUGGGACGUAUUUUAGAAACUAAAGUUGCAGGACAAUUUAUGGCUGCAAUGUGUCGCUCAUUUUCGAAGGUAAAUGGUGAAGAAACACUGAGAAUGUUUGUUCCAUGCCUCAGUGAUAACAUUCUUACUUUAACUGACUCUGAAGACAUUUUGAAGGAAGAGACCUUAGACAAUGAGUUACUGUACAAUUUGGUUGUGCUCUCAGAGAUUGUUGAUUGUCCAGGAAAAUUUCUAUUACCACAUGUGCCUACUCUUAAAAAAGUCCUGGAUCGCACACUGCAUCUAACAUGUCGUGAAGGACAUACCAUUGCUGCAAGAUUGAUGCAUCUUACCUUGAAUAGUUUGUGUUCUACUGUCCCUCUAGAAUUCCGUAGUGUGCCUCAAACAUUCGCCGAAGACAUCAAAGACUAUUUGCCUGUUAGAGAUUGGGGUAAAGCAGGAAACAUCCAUGAUCUAAGAGUGAAUUGGUAUAUUCCCGGAAAAGAGGAAAUUAAUUGUGUAAAGUCUUUUAUUGAUUCAUACUUGUGUCCUGAAAUGAAUUCUAUCGAGCAGUUCAUUGCUGAUACUUCUUCAAUGUCGAAAGAGGAACUGCAGCGGUCACUAGGAAUUAUUUGGGCCUUCCUGGGUUGCAGAGUUCCCCUUCCACAAUGGGAAGAAGCUCCAUUGGAAUUAGCAAAGAGUUGCCUCAGUGACAGUCCUUUCCAAUCAAAAACUGAAUUGGAUUAUGAACGGAGCAAGGAUCAUGGUAUCACAGUGAAUAACAUGAAUGUAAAGAAAGCAAUAGUUGCCCUAAUGGACAAAUUGCAAGUGAAGUUAUUGGAAUGCAAAGAGGAUGAUACAAAAUCAUUUUUUGUGCUGAUUAAUAUUUGGGAGUGUUUGCUUACGGAUGUUCGUGAUGAGAGAUUGGCAUUUGAAGCACGUUGGAAGAGAUUCCGCAUUGUGAAAAGAAUUUUAGAAAACAAACUUGUUGGAGAAAAGCGGCAUCUUCGAGCUCUUUUGAUUGACAGAGCUGUGCUUCAGCAUGAGGUGUUGUUGGAACGAGGCAAUUUCUGUAUUACACCUACUCACAAACUGAUAAUGUUGAAUCUUCUCACUCUCAGCACCUCCCAGUACAGUGAGGUGAGAGCAAGAGCACAAGGCAAACUGUUUACAGCCAUGGACAUAUUUCCAUAUUCUUAUGUGAUACUUAUUCCAAAACUUCUUGAAAACUUAAAGAAAAAUACGCUUAUUGAACAUGAGCAAUUUAAGGGUGCGCUUUAUGUUCUACUUGGGCGUAAACAAAACCCUGUGGUUGCCAGACAUGAUUGGUAUGUCUUGAAUUCUCUGUGGCCAGCCAUUGUCAGAGCCCAUCCUUCAGAGAAAAUUUCUGUUAUUAGAUUGCUCGAGAACUUGGUGGAUGUUGUGCAUAAGCAAUUUCCAACUAUUACUAUCAAUUUAGAGAUUCCAGAUUCUUGUGAGGCAGCUGGACAAGAUCUUUGGGCAUCUGUACCAAGAGAAAGCCAUGACUUUGCCACGAAGGAUUUAAUUGAGGAGGGGAAAAAACAGUUGAUUCUGAAAAAUCAGUACAAUUUGGAGCAGUACUUGUCACUUCUUCACUCUUUGAAUAACGCCAUUGAAAAUGAAAACUUACAUUGGAGAUUCCAUUCAAUGGCUCUGAGUUUCUUGAGAGAUUUGGUCCACCCAGAUGUUGCCUAUCCUCCUGCAGUUGUCAAGUGUUUCCUAAACACAUUAGUGAAUGAUUCCAUUGAACUGCGAAAGAUUGCAAUUCGAAGUGUUAUUUUCCUUUUGAAGCAACAGAAACGUACUCAGAAAGUUGUUAAAGUGAAUCCGUACAAUGUUGAUGGGGUCAUAGUGGAAAAGCCCAGCAAUAUAUGCCCAGGAGAUAGACCUGACAAUCAGUGGGUUCAAUACAGAACACCACAAUUGCCUAAUAGUGCAGAAGAAUGGAACAAACCACGCUAUGCCCAUAGACCAUAUCAUGGAUUCUAUGCUUGGCCAGAUGAACUGGAACUUUAUGAACAGACAUUAGAUCCUCCACCUUUGAUGGGAGACGCUCUAAAUGAUAAAGAAAAAGAAGUCAAGGCAUUCUUUUCCAAAUCACAUAACGUAGAGAGACUGAUGAAUUUCUUAACUCUAGAGGAGAAGAAAGGGAAGGACAAAUUCAAUGGAUACAAAUUUUUGAUGUUCAAGGGACUAUUUCGAAAUGGAGGAUAUGAAAUGUUCAAGAUUUUCAUGCCACAUUUGGAGGCAUUAGUGAGUUCUAAAUUGGAAAGUCAUCAAAGAUGUGCUGCAGAAAUAAUAGCAGGUGCUGUGAGGGGAGCAAAGCAUUGGCCUUAUGAAAUGGUUCGAGAUUUGUGGAAAUUUCUUACUCCACUAAUCCGAAGUGCUCUUGUGAACAUGACCGAGGAGACAAUUAUUGACUGGGGUGUUUGUUUUGCCACUGCAUCUGAAAAUGUGGAUCCCCGCCGCAACCACUGGCUUUUUGAGGUACUUAUGGAGGAACCUGGUCGGAAUGAGUCUUCGUUUACUGAAUGUGGGAGACUUUACUCCCUUCAAGGAGCUCUCAAUCAGCAGUUGUGGAGAAUGGCAGAACUUCUGAACUUAUGGUUUGAGAGACUAAGACCAUAUUUGUCACACCCAUUCCAGAAUGUGAGGGAACGUAUGGGAAGUGUUUUAAAUAAUAUAUUUGAAUGUGAUCUGAGAUUUCCUGGGGGAAAUCCUCCUCAAUCACCUUUAAUAUCCAACUUUAUUGACUACGUUAUGCCACAAUUGACUCUGCUGUACAGUAUAUGUGCUGAAGCUGUAGAUAAGCCUGAAAAUCUUCUUAAUAAAAAUGUAAAACUAAGUUCUUUGAAUCAUAUUGUCAGUCUAAAAGCUGAUGUUGGAGCACAAGGUGAUCAAGCUAAAUUAGAAGCAGUGGAAAAAGUUGAAGAUCCAGCUAUUAGACUUUUAAAAACAGUGUGUAAAUGGAUUUCUGCCAGUGUUGCACGGAGCCAAUACGGAGUGUCAGCAGAUUUCUACAAACUUUUGCCUCUUAUCUGCCUUAUGGAGAGUUAUGAGUCUGAUGAGGAGCUCAGUCGCAGCUGUACAUGUGUCCUCCUUGCUCUUGGCCAGACCAUUCACGUUCCUCACUGUGUUUCUGCAGCACUAACUGCUAUCAAGAAGGUGUCACAAAGUUCUUCUUGGCAAGCUCGAGCUACUUGUAUGGAAUUUCUUCAAGUGUUGGUUUUUAAUAACAUGCCUGUGAUCUUAAGUAGUCAGAAAUGGACUAGUGAAGUUAAUAAUAUUGUGUUGAGAUUGAUGGAAGAUGAUUGGUUGGAUGUGAGAGUUAAAUCUGCUCAAGUUCUCGGUGGUUUGCUGCACACUGGUUUUAUUGAAGAUAGCGCAGCUUUGCUUGAUGUUUUUAAACAGAAGGCUGCAACAAAAAUUAGCAAAACAAAAACUCGCCAAGAUGUUACAUCAUUGAAACUUCGACAUGCAGGUGUACUUGGCUUAUGUGCAUUUAUUAAUGCUUAUCCAUAUGAUGUUCCUGAAUUUAUUCCAGAUUUAUUUGUUAUUCUGGGACAACAUCUGAAUGACCCACAGCCAGUACCAUCCACAAUAAGGAAGACUCUUGGAGAUUUCAAAAGGACCCAUCAUGACAAUUGGGCUCAACACAGUCUUAAGUUCACUGAAGCACAAUUGACCGUCCUGGGGGACCUAGCUAUUCCUCCUUCUUACUAUGCCUAAGGAUAGGAAGUGCUUCUUGUCAAUUUUGUAACAUGCUACAUUGAAAAGUGUUUGUGAAAAUGUAAUGUUACACUUGUUAGUAUGUAAUUAAACUGAAGUAUUGUUAUUGUUAUUAUUAUUAUAAUUAUUAUUAUCAUAUUAGUAAUAAUUAAGAAUAAUAAAACAGGAAUUUUUAACAAUAUUUUUCUGAAGUUGAUGAGAACUUUAAUAUUAGAUGUAUAUCACAUACUGCAAUUGACCAUUCUCUUUAUUGUGAUAAUUUUGUGUAGUUUACACAAAAUGUGAUGAAGAUAAUGCAUUAGUUUUGAUGGUAUUAUGGUAAACCACCAAAGAAAUUAAAAGUGUGUUACAUAAGACUCCACUGGCAAUAAACUUGUGACAUGGUUUUCACUUCCAUCUAAUUUUGUAUUGGUACAUAAUUUCUAUAUAAUAUUUUUUUUAUAAAAUGCCAGGUUUUUGUUUAUAUAGUUCAAGUGGUAUUUAUUUUACAAAUUUAAAUUGUUGUAAUGGGGCAAAUGAUGUGUUUGAAAUGUUCACUAAAUAUUGAUUUCCAAUAUUACUUUCUUUUUAGCUUUUCUUCAAAAAAAAAGAAAAAAACAAUUUAUUUUGUGGGAAAAUGCAAUGUUUUUGAGAAUUUGGGUAUUGAAGGUGAUUGUAUUCAGAUGAAAUGAAAUGUGAAAAAAUAAUGCUUGUUUAUUGAAUCUUUCUCCUUGUUCUGUGCAUUUCGUAAAAGAUAAGAAACAGUCUCUUUCCACUUUUAAUAAGCUUAUAAAAGGCAAGGCACUUCAACAUUUUUCUUUUACAUUGUGUACUCAUUUGUACAACAAUUCCUUGUUGAUAAACACUUUCUUGUGAAUAAUUACAGCAAAAAAAUUAAAAUUUCACACCUAAAAUGAAUUGAACAAGAUAUUUUUUUAAACAAUUAGAUUGUUUAAAUAUAUGAAACUUUUCUAAUUAUUUUUAGCCUCUGGUUAAUUAUCAUUUUAUUUAACAGUAGUUGAUGAAUGAAAACACCAUUUCUUGUUCAAAUUUAUCAUCUUGAAAGAAAACUUCCCCACUAUCCUGUAAUUAAUGGAGAAACCUUCACAAAACUAAAUGUCAUCAGAAAAUUUUAAUUAACAAUUUAAAAAUUAAGUUUCAUAUUUCACAAUGACUUAAAUAGUUCUCUAUUUUGAAAUGUAUCUGAGAGAUAACCUCGCACAGUAGUGAGAUUGUUGCUGGAAUGAUACAUGUUAGAAUUUCCCAAUACUUGUCACAAGUUUAUUUCUUAUGGAUAGUGUUGUAACUAGUUUUGUUUCCUGGUAAUUUUUAUGAAGGCAAACAUGCUCUGAAGCCACCUCAUUUUGAGAUGCAGCAAAUUUGAACUAAUUAAGCAACUUGUUGAUGUGUCAUGGAGACUUUAGUGUUUUUAUUUUAAAUAUUUAAUACUUGUUUAUUUUCAUUUAUAUUUAUCUGUAGAGCUGUUAAAGGCUGCUAAUGUGUUCAGAUGAGUGUCUUUGGUUCCUUAUUUCUUGUGCAUUACAUUAUAUGCUACAUGCAUGUGACAUAUUGAAUUAUUGAACAGUAACUAUUUUGAUUUACAUUAAUUAUGUAAGAGAAAUAAAAAAAAUUGCUAACCACAUUAAGCAAGAUACUGAGAAAAUUGGAUGAUUUUGGAGAUAGGUGGAAAUUAAUAGAUACUGUAGCAAGAUUGUGGCGAAUUUCAGCAUAAGACUGUGAUCUCUUACUAAUAAUUAAAAAGCACUUGAAGUCGUUUUGUGAUCUUAAGAUUUUAAACAUUUUCUUUUUCAGAAUAUGACAUCUUAUCUAAAGUUAAUUCAUGUUAUAAAAGUUUGGAAAGCUAUUUUAAUCCUAGUAUUGUUAUAUUCCUUUGUGUGUAUAAGUGAUUAUUUGUACCAACUGAAGUUGGGAAUACUACAUACAAAAUAGUUGUCGUAAACAUUAUACUAGAAUUUCCUAACUGAAUGAGAGCUACUUACAAAUCAUACUUUACAAAGGUCAUCUGAAGAUUUAAAUAUUUAUUUUAGAUUUUCUAUAUAUUUCAAAACUUAAAUUUAUGUAUGUAUUUUUUUGGCAGUCCUAGAUAUUAUCAUUCUCAGUCAGUUGUCCUAGUGAGUAAGAUGACUGUGAUGCUCUCUCUGGUUUUUUGAAGCACUACUUGCGUUGUUACUGGGUUGUCUGUCAAACGAUUGUGUCUGCUGAGUGUUCUCAGGGAAUGGUGUCAUCUGAGUGAUUAUAGAACAGCAUAGAAUGUUCUCUGUGAGUGAAGUUCUUUAUUUAAUUUUAUUUAUUGUAUGAUGUGUAAGAUUAGAUGGAUGAUUGUGGUUCUUCUACCUCAAUUGUAAUCCAUUGUAUUAUUAAUGAGAGAAUGUGUUGGAUAUCCUGGCCCCCUUAUUAAAAAACUGUUUAAUUUAUUGCAGACUUUCUUGAGGAAUCCUGAAAGUAGUACAAAUACAAUUACAGGAUAGAUGUUGUGACUCAGGAAAAGGUGGGGACCAUGAAUACCAAUUUCAGUGUUUCAUAGCAGUCGGCGAAAACUUUAGUGCAAAUCACUUUCUCUUCUUAAAAUGGGUAGAGAAUUGGUAUUGAAACAAUAAUGAAGGAAUAGCGAUCAAUGGAAGCAAAUGUAUGAUAAAUGUGUUGGUUAUAUGGAAUUAAAAUUGGAAGGUGGUCAGGACCCAGAUGAUGACCUUAAGUUGAGUGCUUCAAGUUCUGUACAAAUGGACCAGCAAACAAACUUUGAUUCCAAGUUUGGAAUUGGGUUGGGAAUCACAAUUUGACUGAGAAAAAUUUUAAAAAAUGUAACAUGCCAUUGCUACUGCUAAAGAAGUGUUCAAGAUAUCUAGAUUUUUUUUUUUUUUUUUUUUUUUUUUUUUUGUGGGAUUUUAGUUCUAUAUUUCAUUUCUGCAGAAACAUCGUAAAUCAUCACUUUUUUUGUGAUUUAUUGAUUCCUAGUUGUUGAAUAUAGGUGGAUGAAGUUAACCAUGCUGUAUCUUGAAACUUGGAAGUUUAGAAAAUUGUUCAUUGUCAUACUUGGAUUGUUGCAUUAAUUUUGUGGCCAGAUGCAUACUUUAAAAUUUCCCUUUUUGUGUGAUAGUUUGCAUUCUCACAAUGAUUUUACAGUAACACAAAUGUUGUGUUUAACUGCCUAAUCCUCAUACAUCACCUUAACUGCGUAGGCUGGCCCUUAUAUUGAAGUAGCGUUGACACAUUAGAUUUUAUAUUUUUUUAUAUUUUCUUCCAUAUUUGUUAGUCAUAAGAGCAUGAAUCAAAACGGUUUGUGUUUCCAUUCCCAUUAUGUAGAGUAGAAAGAUGUGGUGGAAAUAAGUUAUUUAUCAAAUGGCCUUGAGAUUGUGUACAUAUGAAAGAACAAUGUUGCAUUGUUCUGAAGCGUAUAUCAAUUGUAUUGCUGUGUACAUUGUUGUAACCUGUGUGAAGGGACAAAUUAAUGUGUAUAUUUGUAUUAAUUGUUUCUCUGUGGUCUUUUUGCUCUUUCACCAUGAUUAAUUGCUUUUUUGUUAUUUAUCUAUGCUGUUUCUUUUGUGCAAGGUUGGUAUAAAAAGCAAUGAUCACUGGUUAUUAUGACAAAAAUAUAUCAAAGACUGAGAAAGGCAAUGUGUCAUUAUAAAACUGUAAAUAUUUCCAUAUAUUUCAAUGAGAAGCUUCUGAUUAAGGAAGCUUUUCAUCAGCAUUUUCAUAGUUGUACCCUGAUCGUUGAAAUUUUCAUUUUUGAUGUGGAGACAACUACGCACAACUUCUUAGAGUAUUUGUAACCUACAAAGUCUCCAUAGCAACAUGCCACGUACUACUGAAUAUUACUAAGUGGUACUAAUCAAAAAGGUUCAGACCUAUGGGGAAAGUUUGAAUUAUGGAGCAUUGAAUGAUUGUAUUUCUUUCAAAGUAUAUUUUUAAAUAUUUGAUAAGCUGUUAAGCAUUUAAUUUCUUUCAUGAUAUCAGGUUACAUAUUGAUUUUACAUUGUUCAAAAGAAUUUGUAAUUUCAGGUUUUAGUAAUUAAUCAUGAAUUACUAAUUUUGAAAUCUGGCAAGUUUUAUUCUGAUGAAACUACAAUACUCUUAUUAUAGUUUUUGCUCAUAUUAGUUUAAUAUAUAGAAAUUUUCCUUUCCAGACUUCUAACUUGUGAAGACAAACAAUAUUCGUUUAGGUUGCCUGUGAUUAUUACUUCUGAUACGAACCCUGUUCUAUCUUUUUUAAUUUUAAUUUUUUUCUCUUGUGUUCUCAUGGUCCAGGCAUUGUAAAUUUAGAAUUGAACUGGGUCAUUGAUUGACAAGGAAUUUGGUGCAAAAAUAAAUAAUUCAUAUUUGUAAACAUUCAGAUGUGUUGAUUGGUAUGAUGCAUUGUUACUAGAAACACGUAACAAAAUCCUAAUGUUGAAAACUUUAAAUCGUUUAACAAAUGUAAGGAUAUUACUUGGAACUGGUCAGGCUCUGUGGGUGAAACAUUUAUUAAAAUGCUUUCUUCUGUUCCAUCAUAAAACAAACAAAAAUAAAUAGAUUGUAAAUAGAAAAUAUCAGAAAGCUUUUAAUUGUGUGUGAUUUUUCAACUGGCUAUGUGUGAACAUCGUUUUACGUUUUGUAUCGGUUGUAUUAGACCAUUUUCAAUGGAAAAACUUCAUGUCAUCAGGUUUUAGUAUUUUCUUUUUAUUGUUCUUAUUUAAAUAAAAUGAGUUAGUAUUUGGUCUGAAAUGUGCUGUGUAAGUUCACUAUUUCAUGAGGCAUGAAAUUAUUAAAAUCAAAUUGUAAUGAUGCUAUUAGGACCAGAAAGUAUUGUAGGUGAAGACUUUAUAAUUUUGGUGUUACUAUUGAGAAAGAAAUGUCAUCAAAGUCUAGGUUAAGGAAUGCCUUUUACCCAGCCUAAAAAAAGCCAGUGAAGUGUGGGAAACAUUAAACAGAAAAAGUAGAUUAGGUAGAUUUUCAUGCCUGUUAGUUGAAUGUUUUAGGAUUUUUUUUUUUUUUUUUUUUUUUUUUUUUUUUUUUUUUUUUUUUUUUUUCCAAAUGGUAUUUAAGAAGACAGGACAAAUUUUGCCUUGAAUAAAAAGAGCAAUUAGUAAUGAUCUCAUUUGAAGGUCUUUCAUAUUUGUCUUUGAUGGUACCUCUGUUGCAGAUUGUAACAAUUUUUUUUGUAAUCUUAAUGGUGUGGUGAAAAGGAAAAAUAUGACCAUAUGUAUAUUUUUAUCCCAAUAAAAAAUUCAGAAUGUGCAAA